ACAUAUACAUAAGUGCUCCUUAUCUAAUCUUACUUCCAAAAAAAAAAUGAAAUUAUCAUCACUAAAAUCGAUGACAAUAAUAGUUCUAGUGAGUUUCUCUCUGCAAUAAAACCCCUUCGUUUUAUGGCUUGCAAUAAUGGGUAAAGGCUGCAGCUGUUGCAAGUUGAGACGUGACUCCUUGGACUCUGACUUAUCGGACGUGAGCUCCUUGGACACCAACACCAGCGUCAAGUGGAGCCGUUCGAAGAGAAUGAUGCUCUGGGGCUUCAUUAUUCUAGCAGCCAUACUCUUUCUGGCGUUCAUCUUGAUCUGGGUGAUCAUCCCCAUCUCUUUCUGGCUCUCCAUAGCCUUCCAGAGGCUCAUGGUGUUCAUUUACAUAAACUCCCCCAGUAAUCCACAGUUUGACAAUCCUGGCAAGUAUGGGAUAACGGGGGUGCAGAACUUCUAUAUAACCGUCAAGGAAAACGACACUAUGACGAAGAUCGGUGCCUGGAUGAUCUUACCGGAACAAGAGAAGGAUUCCACCCUUACAAACGUGUCGGAAUUGUUGGAAAACAGUAAAUUCGACGUGCUUUUAUAUUUGCACGGGGUGUUGGCUAAUAGGGCGAAGCCUAUAAAGCAAUACGAGGUGCUUAGGCAACAGUUUCUGGUCAUCGCUAUUGAUCAUAGAGGUUACGGAGACUCAGGCGAAGGGGUGGAAAUGUCCGAGACUGGGAUAGUGAACGACCACUUGCAAAUCUACGACUGGGUGGCGAAACAUAAUCUCAAAGGGUCGGUUUACUAUUGGGGUCACUCCCUUGGUACCGCCCUCACGUGCCACACCGUAAGGGCCUUAAAGGAGCAACAUAGCGUCGUCCCCAAAGGGAUGGUUUUAGAGGCACCCUUCACCACUUAUGCAGAGGAAAUUCUCUCUACUGUGAUCGGAAAAAUGUUCCAGUGGCUGGCUUAUUUCGAUUCGACGGUGAUCCACCCCUUGCACAAUAACGGGUUCAGGUUCUUAUCUACCGAGAAUAUUCUGCACGUGGACUGUCCUAUAAUGGUCAUGAACGCCGAGGAUGACAAUGUGAUUCCGUAUACUUUAGGGCAGAAGCUGGCAGAAGUAGCCUCCACCCAAAGGGACCUGGUUAAGCAGGGCAAUGUUACGUAUCAUCUUUUUUCUAAGGAAAAAGGUUAUGGCCAUAAUGAUUGUACGCAAGACCCGGCAGUACCGCAGUAUAUUAGCGAAUUCAAGAAGUUUUGUGAGGAGUUCGCCCCUGCCAAAGACAUAGUGUAGGACCAAUAGAUGCUCUCUCUUAACUUAAGGAGGAAACACCCUAUAGAAUAUGAGAUCUUGUAAAUAAACGUGAAUACAACAUA